AUGGUCAUGCAAGCCCAGCAACUGGGCCUUCCAUUUCGACAUGGCCCUCGCUCGGGGAAGUUCCCGCGACAGCAGGCUUCUCCGCGCGCCUCAAAUGGAGAGGGAUUCUGCAGGGAUAAAGUGGCCAUGCCACAGAAGCCAUCAGGGGCCCAUGAAGGCACAUGCACCAUUGUCUUCCUCGGUGCCCAUGGUGCCUCUGUUGAAGUCGAAGCCCCCAAGGAUGGCUACAUUCUCGAUGCUGGGCUCAAUGCUGGGCUGGAACUGCCGUUCACCUGCAGAGGGGGGAUCUGCGGGGCAUGCGUCGGCCGCGUGACCGAGGGCGAGGUGGACGCCAGUGAUAUCGCAGAUGUCACCUUCACCCUCAACGAGGAGGAGGUGGAGGGAGGCAUGACCCUGCUCUGCAUGUCCAGGCCCAUCUCAGACCGACUAGUGGUGGAGACGCAGAGCGACUGGGGUUACAGCAUCGGCGACCUGAGCGAGUGGAAGGGUCCGACGGGGGAGAUCUUGGGAAAGCGCGUUCAGCCACUCAUGGGCAAGGCCUGGGAGACAGCCAAGCAGGAGUGA